CACGGCGUACACCGCAGCUCGAGAGAAGAAGUUGCAGUGAAACGGAUUCUGAAGAGUGGCAACCGAGACAUCCAGCAGAUUGCGAACGAGCUGGAUGUUGUGAAAAGCACCAAGCACAAGAACCUUUGCCUGAUGCUGGAAUUGCUCGACACUCCCGACUUCCUUUACAUUGUGUUGCCGUAUGCCAGCCAAGGCGACAUGGCAAAGUGCCUUUCCCGGGAAGAGGAACAAAGAUUUCCCCUCGGACUGGCCUUCCGAUACUUCGAAGACAUUGUAGCCGGCGUGGCGCAUCUUCAUGAGCACAACAUCGCGCACAGAGACCUGAAGCCGGAAAACGUGUUGAUUCACCACCAGACUGCGUUGGUGCCCGACUUCGGCUGUGCUUGCUGGUUCACACCCAAAAGGGUGCUGACCGGUUCCCCUGGAACCGUGGUGUAUGCAGCUUAA